CACUGACUGAAAAUGUCAAUCGAAACGCGGAUAUACUUUAUACCAAAAUAUCCACCUGGCUUCUAAUGAUAAUUUUCGCAAAUGUGAACGUGUUGAAUAUGACGUUCUCUUCAGAUACACAUUUAAAUUUUUUUUUUUUUUGGGGGGGAGGAAUUGAUCAUGAAAUAAGUGAAAAUUGACGUUUAUUUAUUACCGAGUUCAGACUGCAUUUUAUCCGCUUCUAAACUGCGAAUCAGCAGCUUGAAUCAGAUGCUCAGAUACUGUUGCGUUGCCUUGGUUACCGAGCUAGCCUAGCGUGGAUUCAGCGUCCACUUGGCAAUCAGCUAGCUAGCUGGCUAGCUAAGGUUGGAGAACCAGUGAUGUGUUCCUGGUUAGCUGGUUAAACGUAACACGUAAUACAUUUCGAUCUGUAUAUUUAUCUGAUGUGUGAGACUUUGUAAUGAAGACUCUCCCAGUUUGCCUGUUGAUCAGCAAGUAAGAUAAGAGGGAGACACGAUGAGCGAGCGCCUGAGCCUGAGGUAAACCUGUUAGAAGAAUGCAGUAUUGCUCCUGUGGACUGCAGUGCUGGAUAAGAUGAAGAAAAUAUUCCAUUUCACCAAAAGAAGAAAAGGCUCUCCAAGUGCGUCUGAAACAGCCAGUGUGCUUUCUGUGGGCUAUGACCUGAAGGAGAAAGACCUGGGCAAAGUGCACAAGGCUGCAUUUACUGGAGAUGUGGCUAAACUCAAACAGCUUGCCAAAAAGAAUGAUUUAAACCAGCUUGACAAAGAGAACAGAACUGCACUACAUAUAGCCUGCGUUCAUGGACACACAGAAGUGGUUCAGUAUUUGGUGGAAAACAAAGUUAAACUCAACCUAUGUGACAAUCAAAAUCGCUCCGCCUUAAUGAAGGCGGUGCAGUGCCAGCAGGAUCGCUGUGUGUCCAUCCUCCUGGAGCAUGAGGCAGAUCCCAACUUGGUGGAUAUCAACGGGAACACAGCAUUGCACUUGGCUGCUCGCAUCCCCUCGCUGCCUGUGGCACUGAAGCUCCUCGAACAUGAGGCGCACAUCAAUGCCCAGAACAAGGAAGGCAAUACUCCCUUGAUAUUGUCAGUGGAAGAAAAUCAUGCAGAGAUGGCUGAAUUUUUACUUAAGGAGGGGACAGAUGUUAACCUUCAGAACAAGGAACAACGAACCCCUUUACUGAUUGCUGCUUGCAAUGGCCAAAUCAGUAUGGUGCGACUGCUCUUGCAGUACAAUGCUGAUAUCACUGUGAGGGAUAAUAAAGGAUGGUCAUCUGACGACUAUGCUGUAAUGAAUGGGCAUCAUGCUUGUUCACAUCUAAUCAUUGAGCAUGGGACAAAGAAGAAGCCGAUGCAGUCACCCUCCCAUCUUCCCUUCAAUAAAAACAAGCAGACUUCACUAUUGGGCAGUCCUGAGGCUGGCUUUGCUCUCGCAGGUCCAGCUCUAGGCAAAGACGGAGGAAGUGCAAAAGAAGAAGGGAAAGAUACAGAGGACAAUUCACAUGCAGAUUCCAUUAGCAGAGCAUCAAAAAGCGGUCCUGCUGAUUCCUGGCCCUCGACAGAUGAUGAUGAUGAUGAUGAUGACAAUGAAGAAUUUGAUCUCAGCCCAAAGAAACCUCAAAAGCUAAACUUGAAGAAACUCAUGAGUGCCUCCAAAAUCAAGGGGAAACGAUUCGCUGUGGAUCAGGAUCCAGAUAAAUCCUGGAGUGGCACUGAGUCCGAGCCUAUCAGCGAGGGCAAUGCAGUAGAACACAUGGCUUUCCCUGGUAGCAGUGCGUCCACCCAGCCUCCUGUAACCCCCAAACCUAUCUCCUUUUCCAACCUUCCCCAAAUAACCUCCACCCCCGUCAUCAGUUCCCAAAAGGAAAGAGAGGAAAAGUCAUCUUCAGAAGAUGAAUGUGAGGAAGAGGAUGUGGAUGAAGAAUACGAUGAAGUACAAAAUGAAAGAUCAGAGAUUGUGCAUGUACAAAAGACAGAAACUUGCAAGAAGAGGGAUUUUUUGUCAGAGCUGGGAAUUGAAAAGGAAGAUGAGGAAGAAGAUUCUCCUUGGGAUUCCGAGCUAAGUGACGCUCUUGUCUCUCAGUCUGGCUCAGACAGCGCGAGCAAAAAGGAGGAAAGUGGGCUGAACUCUCCACCCAAGUCACAUAAACCCAUGUCCAGUAUUCGUGAGGAGAGCAAUGAAGUUUUAAGGACUAGUCAGGAAAAGGAGGAUAACAGUGAUGAAGAAAAAUCAGAAAAGCAGCACAAACUGCUUCACAGGGAGCGAGUAUCUGUGCUGAAUAAGCUGCUGGAGUCCAAAGAUGCUAGAAAAAAGACAGAUGUAAUGGAGGAACUUGGUUUAGGAGAUGUUGAUGAUCUUGAAGAAAACCACCCAGCAGAUGCUUCAGACUGGGACUCAGCUAGUACCAGCAGUAAAGCCAGUAAAAACCUGCCAGUCUACAAACCAGAGGAAGAGAUGGCGAGGGAAACCCCAGUGCCUUUGCCAGUUGUACGAGAGCAAGAACUGUAUACAUCUGUUGCAGAAACACAGCGAGCUGCCAACACAAAAAAAGAAGAAGGAAAAGAAUCUUCCCUUUUAGGAACUCGCCCACUGCCAAGUCCACGCUCAUUCAAACCUCUUACCAGCACACCGCUCCAACCUGAACCUCAAACAUGCACUCACAAGGAGUCCAUUAAGCAAUCAAUGAGUGAUGAAGACUCAGACUGGGACACAGACAACACGUUCAGUCCUACAAAGAUGACAACUCCACUGCCAAAUGUUGAGACUGAAACAGUGUCCCCACCAAAAGAAGACAGAGAGAGAGCUUGUAGCUCAGAGGACAAUGAACAUCCAGAAGAGGAGAGAGAGACAUUAGAUGCGCUUGAGAGAGACCUAAAUAGUCCAUAUCAGCUAGCCCCCUCUGAAUCCCAGACCACUGAGGUAGAGGAGAAAGAAGAGGAUAAAGAAGAGCAAGAGGAUAGAGAAAAUACAUCUUUCCAUGAGUCUACCUGGGAGCAACGCUAUGAGAAAAUCUGGGUGGAAAUCGAGAAAAAAGAGACAAAAUCCCAAUACAAAAGCGUAGCUGCCGAGCUGAAAGAAAGGUUUGGAGAGAUAGAGCAGAACGAGCAAAGUGAGACUGCCCAGGACAAAGAGGCAAAGGAAGAGAAAGAAGAAGCAAAUAAAGAUAUAAAGAAAAACACAGAAGUUCCUGUGGGAGCAUCUGAAGAAGACUCCAGUGAAGACAAGGAAGAGUUGAUAGUGCGACCCACUGCACGGGCUAGGAGUGUUGGACUGCUACCUAUUCCUGAACAGAGGGAGUCUGGACAAGAGGAAUCCUACUCUGAAGAGCUUCCCAAUAAUGAGUUUGCCAAACACAAAGCUAUCCAGCAACAUUCGUCAGAAAUUCUGAAUGAAACUGCUCAAGAAACAGGAAGCACCUCUUACCAAAUGCCUGGCGAUAGUGCAGACUCUUUCUCUAAUAUAUGUGAAAAUAAAGAGAACUUAAGAUUGGCUCACUUGGGUGAUCUCGAUUCUCCAUUUGCUAUGACCCAAGAAUCUUCACCGGAAGCCGGGAUUAGUCCGCUGCAUUUGGUUGGGGAGGCAAGGGUCCUUCCCUCUAUACCAGAUGCAGUCUCUUGCAACUCAGAUGAAUUGGUUGAGGAGGACCCUCAGAGGUCCAUAAUUGAGGGUGGUGUGGCAGAGGCUGGUGUCAUGAGAGGAGAACCUAAAUCCAGUGCCUUAUGGAAGGCUCGUGGCUCUGGAAAACAAACUGACGUUGACCAAGGAAAAGGCAAGAAAGCGGACACCAACCCUGACCAGCCAAACCCUAAACAGGAAGGGACCUGUGAUAUUGGAUCCCAUCAGAAGGAUGAUGCAUUAAAGAAAAGGGAUCGUGUUUCACCAAAAUGGCCAACAAGAAGCCCAAGGAGCACUAACAGGAGGACAUCACUACUUGAUGAUGAGGAGAAGAGAGCUAUGGGUAGCCAGGGGAAACUACUACAUGUUCCUGCCCCAAAGCAGUCUAGAGAUCCCUGCACUGUGAACCACCGUAAUGGAGGCCUCCUGUCUGUGUUUGAUGAUAGUACUUUAAGUGAGGUGUCAGAAGAUGAAGGAAGGUCUCCAUCCUCAUGGCAGAGGCCUGAGAAAAAGAAUGAUAGAGAUUUGGAAAUGGCAGAUGACUUUGAAGACCUCACACAGUCGUCCGACACAGCUACUGAGGAGCUGGAGUCUGCUACAUCAGGCUACUUUAAUGCCUCUCUACUCAUCAAGCAGCUGGACACCAGCUCUUUAGAUUCAGUGAGUAUGGUGAAGUUGCAGAACAUGUUCCAUGAGUACGAGCACACCAUCCAGAAGGAACGCAACAGACACAGUCGACUGGCUGAUAAGGUUUCUCAGCUGGAGCAGGAGCGGAAUGAGCUCAAACUCCUGUUAGAUGAGAGCAGAGAGAGCAAGUCCACCUUGGAGCAUCUCCGACUAGAGCUGGAGACAGACCUGAACAACCUCAAGUUUCUGUUGAAGCAGGAACAGGAGAAGCACCAGAGUGCUUCUAUGCUGUAUGAUAAGACCCGGGAACAACUGUUUAGGAAAGAAGAGCAGCACCGAGACGAGGCAGAGGAGAGGGAGAAAGUGGAGCUCAAAAUGAGGAACCUGGAACUAGAGAUUAGGGCCCUGAUGAACAACAUGAAGCAGUUGGAGGAAGACAGGAAUGAAACCCAGCGUCUUUUGGUUCAUGAGCAAAGUGCUCGAGCCUUACAAGAGGACCUUCUGAAUAGUCACCUACGCAAGCAGCAGGACAUUGAGGAGAAGAACCUCAGGAACCUCACCAAGAGCAAUGAGGCCGCAUCCCAAAUGACUGAAGCCAGUGAGCGUGAGAGGGAGCUGCAGCAGCAGGUCUGCACCUUGCAGGAGGAGCUGAGCUCAGUGCGGGUUGACCUAGAGCAUUUUCGUUCCCUCAGCCAGCAGGAGGAGAGCAGACUGGUUGAUGAGAGAGAUGCACUGCGAGAGAGACUAGAGGAUACUCGACGUGACCUAAAGCUAAAUGAUGAGACUCUAGCCCAGACCGUCUUCCAGUACAACGGGCAGGUGAGCACCCUGAAGUCAGAGUGUGCGCUGCUCAGCACCAAACUGGAGCACGAGAGGCAGGUGCGCCAACAGCUAGAGGCUGAGGCUGAAACCAACAAAACACGGCUGCAAGUAGCACUGCAGGAGACCGAGAGAUGUCAGGCGGCACGUGCAGAGACAGAGCGCACCCUGCAGCGUGAGCGUGAACAGCAUGAGCGAUCUGAAGAGAAGCGGACAUCAGAAUCCAGUUCACAGCGUGACAUCAUCCAGUCACUUUCUCAGAAGCUGAGUGAGGCUGAGGCCCGUGCCAACAGCCUGGAGAAUGAGUGGCACAGAGCCACUCUGAGUGUGGCUGAGAAGAGUGCGCUGCUGGAGACAGCAGCUCGCGAACGGGAACAGACCCGUACACGACUUGAGGAGCUGGAGGGGACGCUGCAGAGUGAGCGUGAUCGGGCCAGCCGUGCAACUGCGAGACAUGAUGCCAUGCAGGAGAGGCUAGCACAGGCACAGAGCGAGGGUGCCUUGCUCAGGCAGCAGUUGGAGGAGGCACAGAAUAGAGGCACAGCCAAGGAGCAAGCUGUUACAGAUGCACAGGAGUGCUUCACUCAAGCGCUCAACCAGAUGCGCGCCAACAGUGAGGAGAUAGUGCAGCUGGUUGAAGAGAGGAGCAAAGAGCUGGCAACCAAAAACGCAGAGCUCCAAGAGCAAAACUACAGACUAGAGCAGGAGAAAUCUGAUAGAGAGAGUGCUCUAAGGCAGCUUCAACAGGAGUUGGCUGACUCUCUAAAGAAGCUAUCCAUGUGUGAGGCGUCUCUGGAGGUGAACACUCGGUACCGCAGCGAUCUGGAGGAAGAAAAAGUGCGUACUCAGAAGGACAUGGACAGACUCAGGGGAAAGCUUCAGGAGAGUGAGGAGCACAACAUUCAGGUGGAAAGGCGCAUUAAUACUUUGAUGGGCACUUUGGACGAGAAGGAGCGGGACCUCAUCAGCACUAAUCAGAAACUCCAGGAGGUGCACACUGCUACAACACAUUCAGAACAAACCAUUAAACAGCUAGAGGAGGCAGUACAAAGAUUGGAGAUUGAGAACGCCAGACUAGAGGCAACGGUAAAACAACAAAAUAACCGCAUUGAAAUACUCCAGAAAGAAGCUCAGGAAGCUACUGCUCUGACGGAGUCAUCACCAGGAGGAGCGGUACGAAAUCAGUUGGAGAAUUUAGUCACAAAUUUGCAAAGCAGCAAGAUGACUCUCGAAGAUCAGCUCAGUCGUGAGGUACAGAAGCAGAGUACGCUUUCCCACAAUGUCCAUGACUCUCAGGCUCUGUGGGAAGAGGAGCUGAAGAAUCGGUCACGGUUCAGUCUCCGACUGGCUGAACUGGAGAAAGAGAAAGGAGAGCUCAGCAACCAGAUGGAGCUAGAAAAGAAGAAAGCCAAAAAGAUAGCAGAGCAAAAGAAGGCCGUGGAUGCCCGACUGGACCAAGAGAUGAAAAGAAACACUGAACUUCAGAAAGAAAUGUACAGGUUGCGGACUCUGGUGAAAACUGCUAAGAAGAAGCUGCGGGAGCAGGACAUAGGAGAACUGGGUUCUCCACUGGGCAGUCUGAGAGGAGAGCUUUCCUAUAGACAGAAUGAGAUGGAGGGAGCUGUCAGCAGGAUGAAGAUAAAAGUGGAUGAGUUACAGGUGCAGUUGGAGCGGGAGGCGUCGCGCUGCUCCAAGCUGGAAGACAUGAACCGGGAGCUGAAGGAGCAGCUCAACUCUCUUAAGAGCCUGGGGCGCACUCACGAGCGUCUGGAGCGCAGUAAGCAACAGCUGGAGGAUGAGGUGACAGUCCUGCGCAGGAGGGUGGAGGCAGGAGUCAUGGACCAGAGCCAGGCUGAACAAUUCCGAAGAGAGACAGAGGAGAGAGCCAGACAGGAGGUCCGGCGUAAACUAGAGGAGAUCAACCUCUUCUUGCAGACACAGGCAGCGUCUCAGGAAGCUCUGGAGCAGAUGAAGGCUGCUAAUGAGGCGAGUCAGAGAGCUGAGCUGGAGCAGCGCAUUAGGGAGCUGGAGGCCGACCUGAGCCGUGCAAACUCCACUCAGCAGGACAGUCUUCUGCAGAGAGAUUCCAGCCGCGCAGAGCUUGAUCGCUACAGACAACUCUACACUGAUGAGCUGAGACUCCGGAAGAAUCUCGCUACCAAGCUGGAGAGGUCUAAUGAGCGGCUAGCAGAGGCCAAUGCAAAACUACUAGGUGAAAGACAGCGCAGCAAGUCUCUCCUCAGCAGCAGUAUCAUUAACGGAAGCCUGGGAGGAACAGCUCUGGAUGCACAUCCCUCUCUUGGACGCCUGGGUUUGGGAGCGUCUCUGCUCAGCCCUGUGGGGGAACAACACAGUAACCGUGUGGAGGCCUACCUGGCAAAGAUGCAGUCUGAACUGGAGAAAAACAUAUCAAAGGAGCUGGACUAUGGUACAAGUGAGCUGGAGGGUGCCUCUACCCGGAUGUCUCCAGUGGGUUCUGCUUGUGGCUCCCAGAAGAAUCUCAACUCGAAUCUGAAUGUGGAGCAGCAGGACCCACUGAGUCGAGCCACCCAACAGUACCUGGAGGUUCUCAAAAAAAACUACAUGAUCUGAAGUGUUUCAACACUAAAAUAGGCCAGUGGGACAGAUUCCUUAGCACAAGCAAAUUAAGGUGACAGAAUUUGUUAUAUUUAAGUAAAAGGUGAAUUGUGUGUGGAGAGAAACCCAUUGUUACCACCUAAUCUUUACGGUUAAAGUUAUUGGUCUAGUGCUGUAAAAAUGCACUUUACAGCCUUCAUGUACAAUUUCUCCUGGUGGUUCUGUCUGUUGUGAAUCCUCAUUGAAGUAUUAGCAACAACAGCGGUACUAGUGUCACUCCGUGCAAGAACUGCCUCUGCGCAAACAUAAUGGAUAAAGGCUUACAAAUAAGCCUUGUGACCGAGAGAAUUCACUUCAUACAGGUAGACAUGUAUGAAGCCUUCAGGAAAAAUUCUACAUAAUGCUACUACACUAUCAAAAAAGGCCAAAGCCGAAGUACUAAUGUUUUAUUUGUAUUACUAUUUUUAUCUAUAAUGCAUCGACAAUGCACUUUGUACCUCAGCUACUCAGGAGAACGAAUAAAACUUUUAAAAACAAUUAAGUGGCAGUAAAAGCUACAGUGGUUCUAUAACAAAUGGGUACACAGAGUGCUGCUACAUUUUUAUGCCUGUUACAGCUUAAGGUAUUUUGAAUGUACAAUGAUGAGUUUGUACUUGUAUAUGCCAUUUCUGGAAGCAUUUGAUUUCGUACCAUGAAUAUUAUUGCCAAUUACUCAUGAUAGUACAGUCUGUGCUCUUGUGCAAUACAGUGGUUAACUUUAGUUUUAAUUUCUGAGGAUAAAUUUUUUUUUUUACACGUUAUUUUGAAAUGAAACUAGACCACAAACUACCUAGUGACUCCUUCAUUGUAACACUGCGUCAUGUAGUAUUAUACGGUACAGUGGUUCAGUGUGGUGUCUCCCCCCCUCCAAAAAAAACCCCCAAAGCAUUUCAGUAUUUCCAUGUUUAAAGAACAGAAACAUUAAAUGAGAUGGUUUAAUCCCCUCCCCCCAAAGUGUGUGUGUGUGUUAGUGACUUCAAUUAAUUAAUUGAUCUGUAAAUUGAGUUAUUUAUUUGCUUUUCAGCCAAUAAAUAAAUAAAAGGCCAAAUACCUGCAAAGCCAUUCCAUUUAUU